AAUAAUCUACAGUGGCGCCAUCAUUAAAUCAUGUCAGUCGAUCACAGUUUUUGUGAUCGUUAAUAUUUUGGUGGCAAAAUUAAUAGUUAUUUGCCAGAAAAUCAAAAAAACAGCCCUUUUUUUAAAAACAUGAGUGCACAGUGCAUUUGAAUUUGACCAUAACGACAUUGAGAUCGUAUUUUAAUAUUGUGUUUUUAAUGUGAAAGAAGAACGAGAAUGGUUGUUUGUGUGUGUAGUGCUUUGCAGAAUUAAGUAUUGGGGAUUAAAAUUACAAAUUAGUGAAUUAGAACACCAACAAAUUGACAGGAUUUAAUUUGUUUUAUGCUUUAUAUUUUAAAGUAAUGGCGGUAUUGAAGAAACGACUGAAAACAUCAUAAAUUAAAAACUGUAUUUUCGUGUAUUACAAUUAUCAUGGCUAGUUAUUUUUUUUAAAUCCGAUAUUACUAUUAACGUGUUUCAUUUUUUUGUAACUUUGUUAAAUGAGUGGUGAAGGAAAGACUUCUUAUUGCGGAAUCGGAUAUAUAGCAGGAAAUGUCCGAAAAUAUUGAUGAACUUCGGAAUAUGCUUAUCACCUUUCGUGUGUCAGAAUUGCAGAUGUUAUUAGGAUUCGCUGGAAGAAACAAAUCUGGUAGAAAGACUGAAUUACAACAAAGAGCUUUGGAAUUAUUACGCAUCAGGUCACAUCCUAUUCAGCAGAAAAUAAAAGACUUGUACAAGUCCAUACAACAAAGCGGUGGACUCAACACUCCUGCUUCAACUCAAUCCUCAGGUGGAAAUAAAGACAUCCCAGUGCCAUCAUUAAGUCCCAGUAUGCCCCAACCACAAGGAAAUGUACCUCGUGGUACAUCCGGUGUACUUUCAUCAUACGUUGAUACUAGAACGUUGGCAGGUCGUCCAGCUCCCAUGUACACACAAAACGUUUAUCAGCAGUAUCAGCAACAGUAUUCACAAAAGCCACAGCCGCCAUUAUCAAACAGUUAUCCCAUUCACCCAGAUGUUAAAUUCAAAAGAUUACCAUUUUUUGAUGUUUUGGCCGACCUUUUAAAGCCGUCGUCCUUAGUGCCUCAGAAUAAUCAGAGACUUCAGGAGGGGACGUUUUACUUUCAUUUGACGCCUCAGCAAGCUACGGAUAUUGCCAGUUCACGAGACAUGCGACCAGGUUCAAAAUGUGAAUAUGUUAAGCAAGUACAACUUAGGUUUUGUCUUCUUGAGACUACAUGUGAACAAGAAGAUUGUUUCCCUCCCAAUGUUGUAGUGAAAGUUAAUAAUAAGUUAUGUCCCUUACCUAAUCCAAUACCCACCAACAAACCUGGCGUGGAGCCUAAACGACCUCCCCGUCCAGUUAAUAUAACCCCGCUGGUGAAACUGAGCCCAACAGUGGCCAAUAACAUUCACGUGUCAUGGGCGGCAGAUUAUGGUCGAGGUUACGCCAUCACCGUUGCUCUCGUUCACAAAAGGAACUCGAGUGAUUUGCUACAGCGACUCAAGAGUCGUGGAGUGAAACAUUCAGAUCAUACUCGAGGCUUAAUAAAGGAAAAACUUAAUGAAGAUGCUAAUAGUGAAAUCGCAACUACUUGUCUCCGCGUAUCCUUGAUGUGUCCCCUUGGAAAGAUGCGAAUGACAACGCCUUGUCGGUCAAUUACUUGCCAGCAUCUCCAAUGUUUCGAUGCUUCGCUCUUUCUUCAGAUGAAUGAACGAAAACCCACUUGGAAUUGCCCGGUGUGUGAUAAGCCAGCCCUUUACGAUAACCUUGUUAUUGAUGGGUACUUCCAAGACGUAUUAGUAUCGUCACUUUUAUCUUCUGAAACCAAGGAAAUACAGCUCAACAGAGAUGGUUCGUGGAGUGUUCAAACUGUAGAGAAGAAAAGCAUCCAAAAGGUUAAUAAAAUACCCGACGACUCUAUAGAAAUAAUCGGAGACGAUGUUGAAGUUGUUAUAAGUUCGGGUGAUACAGGAACAUCAAACGGCCCCACAAACAAUCAAAUAGAAUGUACUAGUACAGAUAAAGCAAAGGAAGAAACUCCAAAGAAGAAUGAUGUAGUUGAUCUUACAGUCUCUGAUAGUGACGAUGAUGAGCCAUUGGCUAAAAGAAGAGCCGUCAACCCUAAACCUGAUUCGACCAUUAAAUUUUCCGAUACGGCUAGUGUGUCAUCUAGCAGUAACCAUUCAAGGGUGACAACGAGUGGAGGUCCAGCUUCGGUAUCUAGUUCCGGUUAUCCUGCCAGUCCUGCUGUAAUAAAUUUAGAUAGCCCUUCUCCCCCUCGUUCCCCACAGUCAAACCCUUCUCAACAGAAUGUGACUCAACAGCAACCUUCGUGUAUGAUGAUUGGUACCAACGGCACUACAGUGCCGGACUCCACCCCCCUUUUUAGCCCCGGCUCCAUGCCGUUUCUUGAUCUAGAAAGUGAAACAAAUAGUUUAACUUAUAAUUAUUAAUUGAUAACGUUUUUGAAAGUUCUGAAUAUUUCUUUUGUAUCCAGCCUGUUUUGUAUUUUUUUUUGGUUGUUGUUUUCUUAUUCACAAAAAAAAUACAAAUGAUUUAAGGAAACGGUCUACAUUGUAAAAGUUGAGGUGGAAACUUAUAGGAAUCUCAGCUUGUUUAAGAGCUUUAUGAGAGCAUAUACCACUGUAUUAAAAAUGUAGAUUUUUCGGGGAGAUUAUAUAAAGUACAUUAUCUGUAGUACUAAGGAUUAUUUUUUUUAUAUUAAGGAAAAAAGGAUACAAAAUGCGUUUUAUAUGAGAAUAUAAGUAUGUUAUAAUUAAUACCAACAAAUAAAUAUUUUCA